UAUUCCCUCUAGCAAACACUACCAAAGAAAAUUAUUAUCUCUCUCUCUCAUGGAUCAUUCAAAGAAGUCUAACAAGAUCAGCGACAUCGUUCGGCUUCAGCAGAUCCUUAAGAAGUGGAGAAAGGCAGCAAGUGCACCCAAAAACAACAACAACAGCAGCAGCAGCAAUGCCAGCAAGAGUAUCAAGUUCUUAAAGAGAACACUCUCCUUCACAGAUUUGUCAUCGUCAGCAGCAGCGUCGUCAAAUGAUGCUGUUCCCAAAGGGUACCUUGCUGUUUGUGUUGGCAAGGAGUUGAAGAGGUAUAUCAUCCCUACAGAGUACUUGGGUCACCAAGCCUUUGGAAUUCUAUUGCGAGAGGCCGAAGAGGAGUUUGGGUUUCAACAAGAGGGAGUGUUAAAGAUACCAUGUGAAGUUCCUGUGUUUGAGAAGAUCUUGAAGGUAGUUGAAGAGAAGAAAGAUGCUAGCUUGUUGCAUGAGUUAGGGCCUGUAAAUUCAGAGUCGACGGCCAAGGAGAUGAUUGGUUGUUACUCACAAUCACCAGAUUGUGAGGUAACACCUUCUCAUCAUCCACAAAUGUGUAGGUGAUCAACAACGUUUACACAGGAUCAUCGAAGACCCGUCCCUUUUCUCUUCUUAGAGGCUACUUGCUUUUGCUUUCCUUUUGGGAGAGGAGAUUCCUGCUACAAGGAAUACAGUUAGAGAGGAGUACCAAUUUCUAAUUAGGAUUGAAUAAUUAAUUAAGCUGGUAGAUUUAUAUUAUGUUGAUCAAAAUUAA